AAAUGCUCCUCCAGCUGUUUCCUGUCUACAGUGUCUGUAAUGUAGAUAAAUGUGAGGAUUUUCUCUAAAUCUUCUUCUGUUUGCUAAAUCUCAUUCUCAAAUCAGAGCAGAUCAAGCCUGCGCAAUGGAAUAAAACUCCUCAAUAUUGAUAUGUGAAUAUCUCCUGGAUUUUUUUUUUCCUUUUUAUUCCCCCCUCAUUAUUCCUCUGCUAACCAAUUCAUUUCCAGAGUUUGCACUUAAGAAGCAAUGGGGGAAACCAACAGUCUUUCAACACUAUUAUUUAAGUGCUGCUUUUGUGAUUUCUUGAAGGUGAAGAUGCUCACUGCAACAUCCAUUAAUUUUUUCUACUUUGGCCUGUGUUUGCUCACAUUAACCAGCUCGUCUGUUGGUGCUGCGGGCCAAGAAACUCUUUGUGGUGCUGAGUUGGUCGAUGCUCUUCAAUUUGUCUGUGGAGAAAGAGGCUUUUAUUUCAGUAAACCAGCAGGUUAUGGAGGCAAUAGACGUUCCUCUUCUACUCGGGGAAUAGUGGAUGAAUGCUGUUUCCAGAGCUGUGACCUGAUACGGCUGGAGAUGUACUGUGCUCCUGUCAAGCCACCUAAAUCUGCACGAUCUCUACGUGCUCAGCGACACACUGAUAUGCCUAAGGCACAAAAGGAAGUGCACUUGAAGAAUACAAGUAGAGGGAACACAGGAAACAAGAACUACAGAAUCCCAAACCCCAAAGCGCUCCACCGACACAAGCCACAUUGAGGACCAGAGUCUUAAGCAAGGAACUUGCCUGCAUCAAACUAACCCAUGGGCAAGUUUCCUGACAAUAGAGAGUAAAUGAGAACAACUUUUACUUUGAGGUAUGACAGAGUGACUCUUGACACAUUUCUCACCAAUUCAAUUGCAUCCCAAGAAGAAUAUCAAAACUACCAGCUGGUGUCUUACUGCAUUUUUUUUUCCAGGAAUUAGUGUUGCUACCUAAAAGAAAGAUUCUUCAGUGCAAGAUGUGUAUUUCUUUUAUUUAAAAAAUUAAAAAUCAGAAUGUUAUGGGGUAUGUUUUACAUACUUCGGAGAAAGUUUGAAGUGAGGCAUUUUUAAUGCAUCCCAAGAGGUUUCAGUAACAAAACUUGAUGCACAUUUGCAAUGUCACUUGCCUCUAACCACUUGCAAAAGUCCUGCAUAAUCUUCUCUGCAAGCUAACAUGACUGAGGAUGGGCUGACACCAGAGAUGGGUUUCAGCAGGUUCUGACCAGUUCUGGAGAACCGGUAGCGGAAAUUUUGAGUAGUUCGGAGAACCGGUAGUAAAAAUUCUGACCGGCCCCACCCACCAUCUAUUCUCUGCCUCCCAAGUCCCAGCUGAUCGGGAAGAAAUGGGGAUUUUGCAGUAACCUUCCCCUGGAUUGGGGACGUAAUGGAGAUUUUACAGUAUCCUUCCCCUGGAGUGGGGUGGGAAUGGAGAUUUUACAGUAUCCUUCCCCUGCCAUGCCCACCAAGCCAUGCCACGCCCACCAAGCCACACCCACAAAACUGGUAGUAAAAAACUUUGAAACCCACCACUGGCUGACACCUACAUGGGUGACCUCUUACAAAUAUAGCAUAUCAUAAGUAGCUCUCCGAUUUAUGAAUAUUCUUAUUUUUUUUUAACUGCCAAGGUGCUAAAUGUUGAGAUUAAUGUUGAUGUAUUUCCCUUGUGAUCAUAUAUUUCCCUUGUGGUCAAGGAGAGAAGCAACCUAGAACUAAGGAGAAAUUUCCUGACAGUGAGAACAAUAAAGCAGUGGAACGACUUGUCUUCAGAAGUUGUAGGUGCUCCAUCACUGGAGGUUUUCAAGAUGAGAUUGGACAGCCAUUUAUCCAGAAUGGUGUAGGUCUCCUGCCUGAGCAAGGGGUUGGACUAGAAGACCUCCAAGGUCCUUUCCAACUCUGUUAUUCUGUUAUUCUUUUAACAGUAAAAAAGUUCUUAGUUUUUUUUCCUAAAUCCAUAUUCAUCGAAUCACUUCAGAUCGUGCAAGUGAUCUUCCUAUGUGAAUGCAAAAAUGCAUGAGCAUAAAUGUUUGUGCAAAAGGCUUUCCAUGUUUGGAUUUCUAGCUUACCAUUUUCUCCCUUGUGUUCCAUCAGAAUACAAACUGUCAUGACUUCAUGACAAGUAAAUAAUAUUUCAUACUAUGUAUGUAACAUUAGUAUGUUGCAGAAUUUCCUAUUCCAUGACUCUUAUCAAAUACUACUCAUCAGUUAUUCUCUCUAUUUAGCACUCAUUAGUUGCACACAGACACAUAGGAAAUCCCAACGACCAAAGUUUUAUUGCUUUGUACAAAGAAGAAGGGGAAAAAAAUCUCACCAUUUCAUAGGCCACUCACAGAAUCAUUUAGCCCAUGUGCCAACUCUGUCCAAAAUGUUUAGCCCCGGUAAACAUUGUUCCAUAAACAAAUAGCAUGCUCAUGCUUCUUAAAUGCUUUUUAGUGUUUAUCCAAACAUUCUCAAAAGCUAGCUGUCUGAUUUCCACUUUUUUUUUUUUUUGCAUUGUAUCUCUACAUUUUAAUUGACUGCAGUUUCUUGUUUUAGAAAAAUGGACUCGGUCACACUGUAUUGAAUGAAAGCAAAAGCAAUCUUUGGUUUGUAGAAUGUAUGGAAAUAUUUGCAACCCUCUUGGAACAAAGUCAAAAUGUGAAACAUUGCUGUCAGAGGGUACCUUUCUAAUGUAUUUGUAUGUAUAGUUUACACCUCUGUGAGGUUGAAUAAAUAAUAAUGGUUAAUAAAUA